GAAAAAUCACCGGAGCAGCCAUGAUGAUGGCGGCCGGUAUCGAUAAGCUGCACACUACGCGCAACUCAUAAUUUGCUCUCGGUGCCCGCGUCACAAUGCCACCCUCGACGCGUAUACCAGCGCUCCUACAACCCUAUGUCCAGCUACCGCAUGAAUCGAUCCUCCUGCUCACGAGCACCCUCGGCGCGAGCGCGAACUGGCUGCUCAUCCGCUUCCUUUGCAAUGAGCUGAGCACACAAGAUGGCGGGGAUGAGGGGCACAACGUCGUAUUGGUCUCUUGGAUGAGAGAGUAUGACUUCUGGAAGCAGGAGGCUCGAAAGGGCGCAGCUCUUGAUCUGGACAAGCUGAGGAGAGAAGGACGCUUCGCCUUUGUGGACGGACUGGGUGCUGGUGGGAAUGCGACAGACAGUACAGGCGGGACAGAAUCACGAACCGAUGCGCAAGCAACACCACGAGUCCCGGUAUCGAGCGCGGCACCACAGAGAGGGCCACAAAUAUUGUCUGCACGAGGACCGCCUGGACGGAUAGUGCCCGCGAGAGGGCCACCUCCAUCAGCUCCAACGGCGGCAGCAGCUUCAUCACCAGCUACGACUACCACGAACGGCCCGGCGAGUGCAACCCAAAGCACGCCAGGCCACUAUACACUCAAGAGCCUCGAGAUCACGGACAUCAAGUCUACCAUCUCCAGCGCCAUCUCCCCACUCGCUACGUCCACCGCUCGAAAGACGCUCCUCAUCUUCGACAACCCCGACCUUCUCCUCGCGCUGAACCCAGCCAUCACACCUUCCCACUUUACCACCCUCAUGCUGCAGCUCCAUACGCUACCGAACGUGUCACAUAUCCUUACGCACCUACAAGCCGAUAAUCCGCUCCUCAGCCUCUCCACACCCCCACAGCCGCUCGAAGUGGUGCAUCACAACUUGGUUGUCAAGUGUGCACACAUGAGCAGGAGGAUACUAGGUGUCAGAGUAUUAGAUACUGGCGUUGCGAGGGACGUGAGCGGUGUAAUACGCAUCACUGAGCAGAGGAAGCAAUGGUUUGACGUGGGCUUUGGUAUUGAACAGAACAAAGAGGGCGACGACAGUGGGAGAGGCAAGGAGUUCUUGUAUCAGGUCAAGAGUGACGGCAGCGUAAGGGUGUUUGAGCGUGGUGCUGGAGGAGAGAGCUGAGGUCUGCAUCUCAAGCUUGACGAGCAACUCGUGCAUCUGCACCCUUCGUUGACGCUGCAGGAUCAUUGCCCCUCUCCCCGGAUGCGCUGCGCAAGAAAGUGUAUAUAUAGUCGUCUCGGCUACAUAGCAUGCCCGAAGCCGAGCAAUGGAAAAGACCCACACAUCACCAACUCUCAUCAUCAGCUGUCCAAUACCUCAGACUAACUUCUAGGUUACUGCAGCAGAGCUACGCAAGCCUCGCAGAACGCCGCAUCUCGUGCAUGUCUGCUUGCAGUGACCGACGUA